AUGGCCAAGAAACCAAGAUACAUCUACGCAGAGUUUGCCACUUUUCUCUUGGUGCUGAUGUGCUUGGGUUCUCUAAAUCUCUGCGAAGGUUCGUGUUCUGACACGCCCGUGGGUGUUCGUGAUGAAUUAAAAGUGAUACCUGAUGAUUACAUGACUGCAAGCUCGGUGCUCCCUGGUUUUCCAGCCAAAGAUGGUCGCCUGGCUGGAACCGGAGCCUGGUGUCCACUAACAAAUGGUAGUGACACUGAUCCAUAUCUUGAAAUAAGCCUGGGUAAAAGCUACGUAAUAUGCGGCAUCGAAGUGCAAGGAAAGCCUAAUGCUUCAGAGUCUACAAACUUUACGCUCCAGUCUUCAACAAACGGAUCAAACUUUAUUGAAGUUGACUCAGGGCAGACCUUUAAUGCCUCUUCAGCUGGUGGUGAUGUCGCUACAUUCCAUGCCCUGGCAACAAACGUAAUUGCGACACAUCUGCGGUUUAAGCCAGUUUCCAACGUUACAUGCCUGAGAGUGGAGAUUUACGCUGUUCCAGAGAAUGUUACCGUCAAUUGCCAGGCGUCCAACAUCUUGGUGGCGAUUCAAAAAUCCUUAUUUACUGAUACUGAUCCUGAAUUCGCCGCGACUAACCUAACUCUCAAUGACAGAGACUGUAAUGCUACCAAUGGUUCAAAUACUUUCGACUUUGACAUUACCCAUGGGACAAAUUAUCCAUGGAUAAAUUUGCUCAUUAUUUAUGGUCAGUUCUUAAGCAGACGAAAAAGACUUGAUCUUAUCGAGUUUUUAAAAUACUGCGUUUUAAUAGUAAAAUUGAUAAAAAUUAUUUGA